CAGGUUAGUGUGCGCCGCGGGUGCUGGGGGCUCGAGAACCGAGCGGAGCUGGUUGAGCCUUCAAAGUCCUAAAACGCGCGGCCGUGGGUUCGGGGUUUAUUGAUUGAAUUCCGCCGGCGCGGGAGCCUCUGCAGAGAGAGAGCGCGAGAGAUGGACAUGGACAAACGGAUUCAUUUAGAGCUGCGGAACAGGACGCCCUCUGAUGUGAAAGAGCUCGUCCUGGACAACUGUCGGUCGAAUGAAGGCAAAAUCGAAGGCCUCACAGAUGAAUUUGAAGAACUGGAGUUCUUGAGUACAAUCAACGUCGGCCUCACCUCAGUCGCAAACUUACCAAAGUUAAACAAACUUAAGAAGCUUGAACUAAGUGAUAACAGAAUCUCAGGGGGCCUGGAAGUAUUGGCAGAAAAGUGUCCAAACCUCACGCAUCUAAAUUUAAGUGGCAACAAAAUUAAAGACCUCAGCACAAUAGAGCCACUGAAAAAGUUAGAAAACCUCAAGAGCUUAGACCUUUUCAAUUGUGAGGUGACCAACCUGAACGACUACCGAGAAAACGUGUUCAAGCUCCUUCCGCAGCUCACGUAUCUUGAUGGCUACGACCGGGACGACAAGGAGGCCCCCGACUCAGAUGCUGAGGGCUACGUGGAGGGCCUGGACGACGACGAAGAGGACGAGGAUGAGGAAGAGUACGAUGAAGAUGCUCAGGUAGUGGAAGACGAGGAGGACGAGGAGGAGGAGGAGGAAGGGGAAGAAGAGGACGUGAGUGGAGAGGAAGAGGAGGAUGAGGAAGGUUAUAACGACGGGGAAGUAGACGAUGAGGAAGAUGAAGAGGAGCUUGGUGAAGAAGAAAGGGGUCAGAAGCGAAAACGAGAACCUGAAGAUGAGGGAGAAGACGAUGACUAAGCGGAAUAACCUAUUUUGAAAAAUUCCUAUUGUGAUUUGACUGUUUUUACCCGUACCCCCCCAAAUCCCGCCCCCUGAAACUUAUUUUUUUCUGAUUGUAACGUUGCUGUGGGAAC